AUGAUUUCCCAGAAUCCUGAACCCAAGUUUUCUUGUAAGCAAGGAAAUAUGUCCAUUGCAUCAUCUCAACAAAGUUUCCUAACCAACGCUUUUACAUUUACUCACAAACCCAAAACCAAGCUUCUCAGCUCAGCUACUUUCAUCACAUGCAGAUACCAGUCAGAUGACCACAAAGAUUCUGCCCGGAGAAAUGAGAAGCAGUUAGCAAAGCUAGCAAUAGUGGCACUGGCAGCUGGAGUGUUGACUCUGGGCUCAGUUGGUGAUGCAUCAGCUGCCAAGACGGGUGGUAGAGUUGGUGGUCAAGCGUUUCGCUCAUCAGCUCCUCGCUCAGCGCCAAGAGCCAACAGCAAUUCGAGGACCAAUAUUUAUAUCAAUCCACCAGUCGCCCCACCUCUAGUCGGUGGGUAUGGAUAUGGUUUUGGUGUGCCAUUCUACGGUGGCUGGGGUUGGUCGCCAUUUUCCUUCUUUGCUCCAGGUCCCAGUGUUGCAAUUGGUGUUGGAGGUGGAUUUGAAACUAUUGUCUUCUUUUUGUUUCUUGGUGCUGUUGCAGCUGUUGUGAGGAGAUUCCUUGGGUCAAGAGAUGACGAGGAUGAGUAUUAGUCAAUCCAUAGGCAACGAGUAUUUUGAGACUUGGGUAAAGUAAUAAAUAUAGAUGCUCCACAAAACAAUAUUGGUAGCAA